GGUGAUGGCGGCGUCCAUGCGUCAGGUGCUGAGGAGUCUGGUGGCGCUGCGCUGCGGGGUGACUGCCUGGGGCUGCAGCGGGAGGCGGCUGUACAGCAGCGGCACAGGAGGAGGGGGGCGUGAGGUGGAGGAGAGCUCCCAAAGAGAAACCAAAACGAAGACGUUCCCCAAGAUCUACACCAAGACAGGAGACAAAGGUUACUCCAGCACGUACACUGGGGAGCGGCGCCCCAAGGAUGACUUGGUGUUUGAGGCCCUGGGUGCCACCGAUGAGCUGAGCUCUGCUUUGGGGCUGGCAAGAGAGUUCUGCCUGGAUGCCAGUCUCCAGUGUGUGUCGCAGCUUGAGAAGAUACAGUGCAUGCUGCAGGAUAUUGGCUCCAAUAUUGCAACUCCCCUGUCCUCUGCUAGAGACAGCCACAAAGUCAGGACCACGUUUAGCGCUGACCCAGUCCAGGAGCUGGAGCGAUGGAUUGACGAGUACACUCUGCAGCUUCCCCCAUUGGCCAGCUUCAUUCUACCUUCAGGGGGUAAGGCCAGCGCGUCGCUGCAUGUGGCCAGGGCCGUCUGUCGCAGAGCCGAGAGAGUCACUUUCAAGCUGUUACAGCUGGAGGAGGCAGACCCAAACGUUGGCAAAUACUUGAACAGAACUUGCAGCUAAUCCUUCUAGUGUCCGCACCAGACUGAAAGCAUCUCUAGGACAUUGGGAUCUGCUGCAUGGGAGCACCGAUGGCCGUUUUGCUGAAACAAGGGUUCUAGUCUUUUAUACCCAACCUAGAGCCGGAGUGAGACCUGGGAUACCAAUGUCGUAUAGUUUUUUUUAAAGGGCACAGAGCUCAUCAGGGAUGCCAUUAUCCACUGCUUUAUUCACUACUGUACCGUGUAACCCUUAUCACCGCUUUAAGCUUCUGUUUAACAAUGGUGGAGGAAAAGAUAUCAAUGCAAGUAAAGUACUGAUGUGGCGGAGAUCCCCAUUCAGUGAUUUGUUUUUUCGCUACGUGCGGCUCGCAUGUUACUAUUACUAGCAUGAUUGAGAAGAGGUAGCAGUCACUAAGGCCCCGUACACAUCGGGAGAUGGGGAGGGGGAGGGGCUUAUUUCACCCAGCGGGUGAAAUGAGCGACCUGCAUGCAGGCACAAUCUAGCACCGGUGAUAGCGACGCGCGGGGCCACGCAUCACUAUCGCUGGGGGGGGUACACACGGAGAGAUCCGUGCUUAACUUCUAAGCAGUCUAGUCAGACUUCUUAGAAUAUAAGCACAGAUCUCUCAGUGUGUACCUUCCUUAAGAGAUGUCUGCUGAUAAUGACGAUAUUAUCUUUAAACCAUAAAGCUAUACCUCUAGAUACACUUUUACCGUGGAGCCGCUAUGGCCGUUAGACUGAAUACACGUGCUACGCACUUUGUACGCUAUUUGCGUAGAGUCCCGUAUGUGGUACGUACCUGGCGUACACACGCUGCGCUGAGUGUACAGAGUACGCACAGCGCACGCACACACAAUUGAUAACCUUUAAACCUUGUUAGUGAUAAAAUGUAUUGAUAUGUU